GCAGCCCCGCCCGGCCCUGCGCAGCCACGCGGCGGUGCCGGCCCUUUGUUCCCGGGGGUCCGCGGCCGCCGGGAGGCGGCGGGAGCUGCGUCCAGCAGGAUGCCAUGGGGAACUGCUGGGCGCAGUGGUGCUGCGGGCUGUUCCUGCGGAGGGAUGCCGGCCGCAUCCAGCGCGGCGGAGGAUCCAAGUAUUUUAGAACAUGUUCAACAGGAGAACACUUCACUAUAGAGUUUGAGAACCUGGUGGAAAGUGAUGAGGGGGAGAGCCCAGGAAGCAGUCACAGGCCUCUGACUGAGGAAGAAAUUGCAGACCUGAAAGAGAGACACUACGACUCCAUUGCUGAGAAGCAGAGGGUUGUUGAUCUGAAGCUUCAGUCAGAGCAACGUAGGCAGCACAGGAUAACACAGCAGAGAGCACAUGCUGUUAACAAUGGAGAGUUCCAGAGCUGUGUGGCAGAGGAGGACCUCGAUCCUUUCCUGAGGAAUACAAAAUUCCAGUAUGAAGCUUUCCGAAGCAGCAGGCUUUCAUCUGAUGCCACAGUGCUGACACCCAACACAGAGAGCAGUUGUGACUUGAUGACCAAAACCAAAUCAGUGAGUGGGAAUGAUGACAGCACCUCCUUGGAUUUAGAGUGGGAAGAUGAAGAAGGCAUGAACAGGAUGGUCCCGGUGCGGGAGCGCUCCCGGACGGAGGAGGACAUCCUGCGGGCGGCGCUCAAGUUCAACAGCAGGAAGCCGGGCAGCCACCCGGCCUCGGCCUCCGACGACUCCAACGGGCUGGAGUGGGAGAACGACUUCGUCAGCGCCGCCGCCGCCCUGGACGACAACGGCAACUCCGAGUACGCCGGCUUCGUGAACCCCGUGCUGGAACUGUCGGAGUGCGAGCGCCAGGACAGAUAGUGCAUCCCGCGUGUCCCCGGUGCUGCCAAGGGAACCGAACCCCCGAGGCCGCUCCGCUCUCUGUAACCUGCUCCCCUCUUCCUGACAGUCUGAAUUCAGAACUAAGUGCAAUUUUAUCGUCUACCUUCUCCACUUUUGUGAAAACUGUUGUGGAUAUUUCUGGGUAUCUGGAUUUAAUAGAAAAUUAUCUGCACUAAAUUGGAGCUUCGUAGCUUUGACUUGUCUAUAUUUUAACUUGCCUUUUUUUUUCUGGAUGAUGUUUCUAUUGAUUUUGUUUUAAAAUUCGUCGUUGGCCUAAUAUUUAUCUCAGAAACAGUCGUCUAUAAUUUAAUACAGUCCUCUUUAAUUUAAUACUUGAAGAUAGAGAAAUAAUUUUUAAAUAUUUCUAUUUCUGUGCUUUUUGACUUGCUCUUCAGCUAUUUAGAGCUGCAAAACAAAUUUUACACAUGGCAAAUCUGCAGAUUUUCCCCUGUCUAGCUUGAAGCCUUUCUAGUCUUCUGUUGUCCUUUUUCCAUUUAUUUUAUUUAUUUAAUUGCUUUAUGCCAAGCACGGUUAACCUCAAUGAACACAGUAAAACUCAUCAGGUUAGGUAAGGUACUGCCUUGUAUAAUAAUAUGCCAGACUUAGUAAGCGUGUGCUAGGUAGAAAAGCAAAAAUAAAAUAUAAAUUCUCUGUAUGUGUCAAUGAAAUGGGAAUUUUAACCAGUGAAGAACUGGGAGGACCAAAGUCUUGUUUUCCCAGCCCCCCUGAACAGACCAACCUCUGUUGCUACAUGGUCCUUAAAAUCCUUCAGUUGUGGAAAAUUUAUAAUUCCACUGGACCAGAACAAUCAUGGAAAAGCAACAUCCAGUGAGCAAACAGGGAGGGAUGAUGGCUCUGCUGCUGGCAGGGUGGGAAGAACAAGAACCUAAAGACUGAAUUUUUACACCUGCAUUUUGAAAAGAAAGAAGAAAAAAUCAUGUUUUAACAGUGUGUUAAAGUGCUCUGCCUUUCCUGUGCCUCUCAAGUGGAUGGUUAAUCCUGCCAAUACGGGCUGAAAUCCAAGGAGGUGUUCAGUGACUGCACCGCUGCUGUCCUGUGCUGUGUGGUCUCCCCCAGUAUUCCAUGUCAAUCUUACUUUUUAACAAAAGAGAACCUGCAAAGUACUUGCAGGUCUCAAGCUUUCCCCAAAGUUUCAAAGUAAAGCCAUUCUACUCUGCCAUU